UUUUCUUUGCCUCAUCUUUCAUCUCUGUAAAAGUAAAAUUAAAUCUCAAUAAUAAAAAUAUCACAUAUUUAAGAGAUUGAUGAUCAUUAGAAAUCAAGGAAUAAAGAACUUGGACUCCCUGCUCAACACCUUGAGAUUGAAUGAAAAAGAGUCUGUAGGCAACGAAAGAAUACAAGUUGAUGUUGCUGAUCAAACACAAGGUAAAGAUCUAGACGAUAAUUCUUUUGGCUGAUGGGAUCGAAAUUGGUAUUCUGAUAGGACUGACAGAGACUGGAGGGCUCUCCCUGCCACAGACAGCUUUGAUGACUACCCUCCUCGAAGGGGUGAUGAUAGCUUUGGAGACAAGUUUUGUGAUCUUUAUGAUUCAGACAAGUGCUGUGAUGGUCUACUGGGGGAUAUGAAUAGAUCUGGAGGCUGGGGUUGCUGUUAUGACAGGGGCAGCAGAAACUAUGAUAGAGGCUUUGAUUCCAGGAUUGGCAGUGGCAGAAGAGCAUUCAGUAGUGGGGACUGUGGAAAUGAUGAUUACAGAGGUUGAGGAAAUUGCUAUGAAGAUAGAUAUGAUAAAUGAGAUGAUGGUUUAUGGAACUCAAGAGACGAUUACAGUCAGGAUGAUUUUAGGCUGGAAGACAGAGGUUCUCCCCAGAGACCCAAACUGAAUCUGAAACCCAGGAGUACCCCCAAGGAUGAAGAUUCAUCAGCUAGCACUUUCCAGUCUAGCCGAGCUGCCUCCAUCUUCGGAGGAGCAAAGCUAGUGGAUACAGUUGCUAGGGAACAAGAGGUAGAGGAACAACUAUAGAAGGAGCAAGAGAAACUGCAGCCGCAAGUGGGGGAGCCAAAACUAGAUAGACUGCCCCGGGAGAUACACCCAAGUUGGCAAAGUGAGGAAACUUGGGAAUGAUCAAGGACGAGAAGUGAGUCUUCACAGACCAGGAAUACUGUUACAUCUGGCAGGAUGAGGGAGAAUGAGAAAUCUCUAGAAAAUGAAAUAUUCAAUAAGGAAGAGGAUCAGUCUCCAACUUCCAAGCCUUCUAAAUCAGAUCAACUUCCCUUACAGGUGAUGCCUGAACCCCUGAAGGAAAACACUUAGAUAAAAAGAAGUUCCAAUCCUCUUGCCCGAUCUCAGAGCUCAGAGUGUUCAGAGGAACAGUCUCCUACAAGUGGUGGUGGAAAGGUAACUCCAUCCCAGCAGUCUGGGGAAGGAUCACAUAAUAAAUCAAUGAAAGAUGAGAAUAAGGUAGAUGGGGAGACCAUGUUGAAAGACCAAAGUGGGAACUCCAACCUUGGUCCAGUGGAUGGAGGAAACAAACACCACUGGAAAGAGUCUGAGAGGAAAGAUGGCAGAAAAGGUCAAGACUCCAGCCCUGCAGCUGAGCCAAAGAAACCUGAACAAAAUCCAGCCUCUAAAUUCUGUUCUACAAGCAAGUAUGCAGCUCUCUCUGUGGAUGGUAAAGAUGAAAAUAAGAGCGAAGACUACACUGAAUAAACCUCCACGUCUUGGGCUUUCUCCCUGUCUCUUGCCAACCUGCAACAUUUGAGAGCAAAUCAAAUCUCUAUCCAGACAAGACAAA